AUGACCCCCAUACGUUUCGUUCCUGGAAACAAGAUACCAAAUCGCCGCAAAUGGGUAAUACGCCGAAUUGUGUCUGUCGCUAUCGUGAUGGUGAUUGAGAUCGGUCUCCCACUUGCACUUUAUUACGGUCUAAGGAACAUAAUUGGUGUAGUCUACUCUCUGGUGCUUUCAGGUGCACCUCCUUUUCUUUACGUCCUCUACGAGUUUAUACGACGUAGAAGAAUCGACAUCCUUGGUUGUAUCAUUGGUCUUUCAUUCAUCAUAUCGGGCGCGCUUUCCAUCUCUAGCGGUGAUGCAAGAGCAGAGAUAAUACGCGAUUCGGCUGUAAGUGCUGUUAUCGGUGGCAUGUUCCUCAUCAGCUUAAUUCCGGUCCGAACUCGAUGGUUUACUACCCGGCCAUUAGCGUUUGUCAUCGCUCGACAAAUAUUGUAUCCUGGUAUCAAGUAUCGAUGGACUGACCGCUACGGAAAUCUUCAAGAACAAGACAUGGUGCUUUGGAGAUGGGAGCACGUCAAAGUUUUUAGAUUCAACAUGUACGGGCAAACGAUCGGCUGGGGAUUUCUCCUAAUUACGACAUUUGUUGCAUGUGUCUUGCUGGUUGAAGUUAGUGAUCUAUCCGACGACGACGUUAUUAUGUAUAACUAUAUUAUCACCGGAGCUACUACCGGCCUCAUGGUUAUUGUGCCCUUGGCCGUGUGGGUCUACGAGCAUAAGCGAGCAACCCAGAUUGGAAAACAAUGGACAAAGGAAAAUGAUUUUACCGGUAAAAUUCAACGUCAAACAAUCGAAAAGGAGGACGAAAGAAGUAUUGUGGGAGAUUAA